AUGGGCCUGCUGGCUCCUUCCUGGCCUGGUGGCGCAGACAGGCUAGACGUGAGCCUUCCAGGAGCCAGGGCAGGGCCGGAUCUCUGCAAACCGCACCGGCUGCUGGCCCCCACACCCCUCGUGGGAUCCCCGUCUAGAUCUGUGACUUUGACCUUUGAGGUAAAGGCCAGCUGGGCCCCUGUGGGCCGCGUUCCUGGCGUCCAGCAAGGGAGAGCCAGGCACCGCCCUGCCCGACCCCGGGUAAGGGGGCCACGGUCCCUCAGGGCAGGCCUGAGGGAGCAGAGCUUCUCGCAGCCCAGACCUGCGUCCUCGGCAGCGCCAGCCCGGGCCCCUGGACUGCAGUCAGCCUCCCUCCCAGGGCUCAGCCUCCCAGCCUGGCAUGGCGGGUCACAGCCGUGUCUUCCUGUGGGGUCUGCAGCCACCGCGGAGCCCACCAUGGUGGUCCCGCCCUGGGGACCCUCGGCAACAGCGAAGCACGGACACUCCCCACCCGGCGGCAGGGCCCACCCGGCGGCAGGGCCCACCCGGCAGCAGGGCCCCGCAGACGUGGCCCGGAGGAGCCGUGCCCCAUCGCUGGACACGGUGCUGGGCUGUGUGUUUGGAGACGGCUGUGUCCCGGGGGCCCUCAUGGGGCCCACACGCUGGCCUGGGGCCUCACUGACGGACUUUCAGGGCAGAGGCGAUGCUCGAACCAAGGCCUGGCUGUGUGGAGGGUCCGGGGUGUGAGGGGAGCUCAGGGUGGGGAGUGGGCCAGCGUGGCUACAGGAGGAAGGGGGAAGUGACCCAGCAGGGGCUCCUGUCUGCCGGACUCCAAGCCCACCGGGAGCCUCCCACCUGGCCGCCUUCCUUUGCUGCCGCCGGAGCCUCCACUGCCCCGGCCUCCACCGGGGCAGACGUGCGGCAGGCCCUGACCGCCCCUCGCCUGGAGCCCCGUCCUCCACAAGCCUGGCUCCAAGAUAGGGCUCUCCUCAAAGAGGCUCCCUGAGCCCCCGGCUGCCCACCGCCCUGGCCCACGUGGGGCCCUUGGAGGCCACCCUGCUUUAGGUGUUGUGUCUCCUAAGGUGGGCGUUCCAUGUCCUUGAGUGAGGGAGCUGGGCCGUGUCCCAAACCCAGGACUACGCCUGGCACACGAAUGAGCCGAGCACACGGGUGAGUGAAUGAGUGAGGCCCACCUCGGGAUGUGACCCUGGCCCACUCGCCGCCCUUCCUGGGCUUGAGCUUUCUCACCGAGCGAGGGGCUUGCGAUGCUGCUGGGGGUUCCCCGGCCCCCGGACAGGGCUGGCCUGAGCCCCGGGCUGGCGCAGAACUGCCUUGUGGGGGGCGCUGCCCAGGGCUGGAGAGCUGCGUGGGCUCAGGUGGGCAGAGUGCCCAGGGGGUGGGCGGCCCCUCCUACCCUGCUCGGACCUGACGGAGCCAGGGAGGGGUCAAGGCCUUGGGGUUUCUGGGCUAUCUCAGGGCUGGCGGCCCCGCCUCCCGGCCCAGAGGGCACUCAGCCUGGGGAGCCCUGGGCCCCCUGGAGUGUCAGAGAGAGGUUCUCCCUCUGGGGACCCCCUCCCAGUACAGCCCGUGGGCAGGAGUGGGGGACGAGCACGCACACGAGGCUCAGUAGCUGUAAACAGUGGAGACCUCAGUGGGGCCCCGCCGCCUCCUUCACCCCCGCAACCCCCACUGGCUGGUCCCGACCCGCUUCCCUCAGCCAUGUCCAUGGGGCUGAGGCUGGCCUGGUCCCUCCCACAGAUGCCCCGGGCUCCCUGCGCCCAUCCCCCAGCCAUCUCCACUCCCACCCUAGAAGGGGGAAGGGCCCCCCUGGAUCAGAGGCAGGAGGAGGAGGGGUCAACAGAGCCGUCCUUGGCAGGGCAGGGCUGGCGGCAGGGUGUGUCCGACCCUGGGGGCUAGGGUGCAGGCGUGGCCUCGGGAAGUAGGCCCGUCUCGGGAGCCGAGGAGUCAGGUGAGCAGCGCCGCCUUUGCCGGGAAGGUGGUGGAUCCUGGAGGAUGGCCAGCUCGCACAGCGGGCAUGGCGGGGCCUGGACUCUGGUGUCCUUAGCCUCCAUCUGGGAGGUGCGGGGAGCAGAGCCUGGGCCCCCUCCCGGCCCCCCUCCUGUCUGGGGACUCACUGGGGAGGGGCCCUGUCCGGUUUGGCCCAGGCAGGAGCCACAGUCGCCCCACAGACAAGUCUCUGUGGUCACUGCCGUGGGCACGUUUUCACCUCUCAGCAUCUUGGGCGUCCUGGGAAGAAAGGGCUGCCCAGGCCUCUAGAGGACACACGCAGGGUGUGACCCGGCUUCCACCAGCCCGCCCGAGUUCCCGCUGUACCACUGACCCCAGGGCUGGCCGCGGCCCUUCCUGGUGGAGUCAGUGCGAAGGCGCCAGAGGUCAGGCCCGGUCUGCUCAGGGGAGGGGCCUCCCCGGAGCCCGUGGGCCACGCUCUUCUCUCCCCACGGGGCCUGCCCUGCCCUGGGAGGGGUCUCCUUGCCCAUGGUAGACGCAGGGGUGGACCUAGGAGCGUGCACACUCGUGCAUGGGGGCUCGUGAAGACCCCAAGGGGGGCUUCAGAGCUUGGCUGUCAGGUCAGCGCACUCUGGAGCCCGGGGACCCAGAGCGCGCUGUGUGGGCAGUGGACGUGAGCUCUGGGUGGACACCCCCUCGGCCCACAGGCUCCCAGCCCCUCAGGAGGGGUGCGGCGGGAACACGGGGUCCUGGCCCUCCUCCUGCCCCGUGUGUGCUGUGGACGCUGCCUUUCCAUGUGCAGCCUUGUGCAAACGGGGCCUCCUCGCCCCCUGAGGCUGCUGUGGGUCCCGCUCACCCCCAAGAACACAGCUCUGACUCAGGCCUGCCCGUGCCGCCUCCCACGCCUUCCAGCAGAGGCGGGCGCCCGGGGGCCGGCGGGCUUGGGAGCCCUCUGCAGGGCCACCCGGGUGCCUCUCCCGGCCGUCCUGUCCCAGAGUACCAGAGUCUGUGCUGACGGGCUCUCCCAGGACCCUGAUGAGGGCAGAUGGCAUGGCCGCUGGCACAUUAUGCUGCUAGUAAAGAACGUCCCCCCGACACACAUCUCACCUGCAGCCGCUGACACCUCCCAAAGUCCGUGAGGAUGGAAUCCGAUCGGAAUGCAAUCUCCAGGACAUCUUAUCUCAUCACAAAUUGAAAUUAUAUUGUAUUAAAUUAAAAAGCUAAAACCGUUCUGUUCGCUCUCA